GUUGGUUGACGUGGCUGCAAGCGAGAAAAUAUUCGCGCAUAUUGUUUUAUACGAAAAUAUCAUUUGUAAACAGGAAAAGCUAAAUCACUGAAGUCAGUUAUCGACAACACUCAGCCAGUUAAACGCAUAAAACAUUUUUAUCUUCUUAAGUUCUUAAAAUGCGCUUGUUAUUCGCUAUUCGUUUAUACGUACCUUUGCUAAUUCUGGUCGCUAUACAUGUCGCUGAAUCUGGCACGUGUGACAAUAUGAAUGUCUGUUCAGCCAUUAAGGAUUUGGGAAAGAAAUUGGACAACCUUAUCGCGCUGGUUACCCCGCCAGUUGUUCCCGCUUCUUCCUGUAAGGAACUGUAUGACAAACACAAGUUGCGAGUAAAUGGAGAUUACGUGCUGCAGACUGACAGUGGAAAGAUCCCUGUUUAUUGUCACAUGACCAGCCACAGUAUUAGCGCAUGCGGAGGUGGAGGAUGGACACUGGUCAUGAAAACUGAUGGCCAUAAGUCAACCUUCCACUACGAUUCUCCACUCUGGACCAACAAGAACGAGUUUAACCGCCCGGGUGGCAAGACUGGGUUUGACACACAAGAGACCAAGUUACCGACCUACUGGAGCACACCCUUCUCCAGGAUUUGUCUUGGUAUGAAGAUCGGCCAUCGGAUUAACUUCAUUGUCAUCAACAAGCAGGCCAACUCUCUGUACUCCCUAAUCGCUGAUGGAAAAUAUCGCUCCAUCACAUUGGGUCGUAACACGUGGAAGACGCUGAUUGGUUCACAGGCCUCGUUACAGUUUUACUGCAACAAAGAAGGACUGAAUGCCGUUGGUGACAGCUCUGACCCAACUAAAGCACGAAUCGGUAUCCUUGGUAACAAUCAAAAUGACUGCUCUUCUUGUGAUUCCAGAAUCGGGUUUGGUACAGGAGGGUAUUAUGAUGACUCCAACACGUGUGGAAACGAGGCAACGCGCUCACCAGAUAACGGACACAAACACAUCAAAGCCAUGGGUUAUAUUUUGGUCCAGUAAUGAGAACUCUGUGUGAUGCCGUUCUACCAAAAAAGUUAAACAGGCUUAAAACCGUGACAGCUCAGUAGAUUAGCACUGAGGAUGCGCUUCAACUGAGCGAAAAUAAUUGUACUGUAGGACAAAUAAAAUGUGGCGAUGGGGGAAAAGAUGUCGACGUUCUUUCUUACGAAGUUGCGAUGCGGUGAUCCCCCUUUUAUUGCAUCGGGAAGAGCCCAGUCUCCUCACGCUAUGCCCGUGGUUACUAUGUGCCCACCUAAAUCACAGAUAACUCCCUAAAUAAAGACGUACAUUAAAGCCCGGUGGUGAACAGUUCCCUGUUCUCAGUGAAAAUCAGUUAUCUGCGUAAAAAAAAAAAAAAAUUGCUUAAUAUGGAAAAAAACAUUUCAGUUUCGGGAAGCUUUAAUUAAAAAUCGCUGAUGUCGUUAUGUUGGUUACCCUUUACUUUGCACCACCCGAACGAGAGGCUAAAGUAACUGCAUGUGCAAAAUAUAUGCUAAACAAGGCUUCAGAAAUUCUCAGGAAUACAGUCCUGAAAAAUCGCCAAGAAAAGUCAACGAAAAGAAAUAUAUUCUUAUGCGAGUCACAUUUUCACUUGAGGCGCUGUUUCAACACUUAGAAAUACAAGCUCCCUGAUGAGUUGAGAGCGAACAACAUAAACAAGCUCGUGACUGAUUGUUUACUCUGCUACUCUUCUAACAAGCGACAAUUGAAUUUCGUAUACAGUUGAACAUCACACAGCGCAAAAAUAAGUUAGAACAGAGGACCUAGUAUUAAAAAGACCAAUUCAUUGAUCCUGUUUCAAAAUGACUACUUCGAUGUAUCGAGAACGCCCACGUCUGACACUGGGUCACCUCGCUAAACGACGGAAAAUUUCAAUAAAAUCGUUACUAGGAGAAUAUAAGAGAGGGGAUUACUAGGAGAAUAUAAGAGAGGGGAAAACAGUAAAAAGGGAGUAUGUCAAGAGUGAGCCAAACUCUGAUUUUGGGGAGGAUGAGAACGGAAAGUGCACACCUCUGUCCCUUCUCCACCCACAGCGUAUUUUGAACGUUUUUGCUGGUUUCAAGCUGAAAGCACUAAGAAGAAAACGUCCAACAACUCUAUGGAAAGAGUGUUUGACCUUCUUAAAUUAAUAACCACCGCAAUCAUCAAAAAUAAUACAAUGAGAACAGAAAAGUCAUAUUUGAACAACACUAAAGCAUGGAAAACAUGUUUGACCUUUAUUUAACAUCUACAGCAAUCGUCAAAAACAAUGCAUUGUGAAACGUACUAUGCAAUGGACUCUUGUGAACUUUGGUUCUUUUUA